GUGUGGGCUUUUCCGACACUCGACCUCUGAGUUCACGCAGUAGUAGUACACCCGGAGUGGGAUGGAGUAAAAGGAAAGAAAGAAAGAAACCAUGGAUCCCGCCGAAGAGACGCCGAGCGAAAAGGUGGACAUUUAUCGCGACACGUGGGUCCGCUUCCUCGGCUAUGCCAACGAGGUCGGGGAGGCCUUUCGUGCUCUGGUGCCAGUGAGUUUUGUUUGGGGCAGCUAUGCUGUGGCCACUGCGUACGUCACCGCCGACGCUGUGGACAAAGGGAAGAAGGCCGCUGUGGCCCACGGGGACAACCCUGGGAAGACGACCCGGGUGGCGGUAGCAGUGGUGGACACGUUUGUGUGGCAGGCCCUCGCCUCGGUGAUGAUCCCGGGCUUCACCAUUAACCGCGUGUGCGCCGGGUCGCUCUACCUGCUGGGCAGAACCACCAAGUGGCCCCUGUCCGUCCGCAAGUGGACCACGACAGCUAUCGGCCUCUCCACCAUCCCCUUCAUCAUCAGUCCCAUAGACAGGUCAGUGGAUUUCCUGCUGGACUCCAGCCUCCGGAAAGUCUACAAUGAGGAGGAGAAGCAUAAAUAAAGAGGGGCGACUCUGGACAGACCGCCCCUUCCUGGUUAGAGACCAGUCCAGUCCACGCAGACGACCCGUGCUGAUUAUCCACCACUGUAAAGACAUAUAAAGACGGUUUUAAUGCAGUGAGAUUUCACACUUAGUCAAAGACACGUGUAAUAAAUAUAUUUAAUUGCUGAGUUAUACAAUUUUUAAUAGUAGGUUUAGUUGUUGAAAGUGAAAUCCUGCUUUGUGAAAUAUCCCUCUGGGGAUCCUUAACUUUAACCUCUCAGGGCAAUCUGGGUAGCAACACCAAAAAAAAUAAAUAAAAAGGAAUGUAACAGUAUGAAAAAUGUACAAAUAUACUGCUUGACAGCACAGUGAAAUCGUAAAAGAUUCUUCAGCGGGGGAUGCAGUGUACUGUUAAAUUCCUGGAAUGGCAAAUACAGAGAGAACACCUCCAAGGUUGCCCUAAAGGGCUAGAGUUGUGAGCUGUUUAUCUGACUGGCGGAGCCUCACCUCAUGUCCAGAUGUGGAGGGAUUAUUACAAAUUGAUAGGCCAAAGAGCCACCUUGCAACGAUGUCACUCUUAUUCAUUUCUCACAUUAAGUUUGUCACAGGUUUUGGUUCUUAACUUUUUUUUGUGUUAUCUGUCAUAGAUGGUUCUUUUGAUUUACAUUUCCAUUAUUUCAUUAUACCUUAUUGUUGGUCAUGGGAACCAUUUCCAUUUUUUACGCCAUGGUUACCAUCCAUAUGAUUCUAUAUAUAUAUAUAUAUAGUGUAAUAUAAUAUAUGGUUCAAAUACUGUCGCAGUGAACUUCACCAGUAUUUGAAUGGUUUCUCAGCAAUAUGAAAGCAAAGUUUGUACUCAGACACUCUUAGUGUAGUAAUACUGUAAAUUUGUGAAAACAUAAGAAAUAGCAUAAAAUCUUAUUUUAGAUAUUUUAAACAAACAAAAACUUGGCUUCAGGUUAUUGUGAGACGAUAUGUCAUGGAGUUCAUAGUUCGGGGGAAAUUACAGCAGAAAAAAUAGAUUCACCCAUCAGAUGUUCAUACUUGUCCAAACAAUCUUAACGCAGCUCUUUUACAAACUGAACAGCUUUUUUUUUCCUUGAAGCAGAAAAUCCAUUUAGUAUAAGUACUUUAAAUUUAAUGUUGCACGUCUCAAAUACUUUCGAAGGUCAGUGUAGUAUCUAUGCAGGGAACGGUUUAAGGGAUUUCUUUAGCAAUAUACAGAAUCUUACCAUCUGCAUAUUAUUGUCCAGUCUUUUCUUUGAGUAGCCAAAUAAUAUGCUGUGUCCCGUGCUGAACUAUGCAAGGGAAAUAAGACAUUGUGUACAUACAUGCGCUUGGCAAAUUAAAAGGGGGUUUGAUGUGCAGGUUCAUAACAUUGAAAUAUUCUGGGGGGAAGUGAAAUCUGAUACAACAUGAAUUUUGGAAUUUGUCACUUUAAGACCAGGUGGAACAUAUUUGGAAUUUCUAUCAUUGUUAUCCAUUUUGUUGUCAGUGUACUGUAGCAAUAACUUUUUUGUUGUGUUGCACCAUGUUCUCUCUGCUACGAAGGAUGUGGUUCACUUUGUCACAGUGAGAGAGACAUGAUGAAAAGAGAAGAUUGUGAAAACUUGGGGAUGCACCACUUCCCACGUCUGUACGUGCUGGUGCUGUUCACCGCUGUGACCUAUUCAAGUAUUUAAUAAUCAGAUCAGGUCACAAGGCCACUUAAGCAGUAAUUGUUUUAUUUUAAUUGGAUUUCUUGAAGCACAUGUCCUCAGGGUGCCAGUGUACAUCGGAUAUGAUCACCCACUUUCCCUUUUCGUGUGAGACAAUUAGAUUUGUCAUAGCAGAAAAAGCAGUUGUAUAUACCAAAGUAUCAACAGUUUAAUGGAUUAUUAAUUAUUUAUUAAACCUUUGCAUUUUCUGCAAUGGCAUGUCAACAUGUCUCCUGGAUGAAAAAAAGCAUAUUGGUGCAACUUGUUCAAUUGUAACAUUUCAGAUUGUUGCAUACUGCAAAAGAAGAAAAAAAAAAAGAACGGUUUACUUUUUCUUUCAUUUCUUUAAAAACUUUUGUUUGAUGUUUUCCUACGUGGCAGUGUGUUUGUGAGGAAGUGAGUUUUGUGAGUCACAUUUUCAAACCUCAAGAUCAGUUCCGUUUGCUGACGACAUGCGCAAGGUGGAGAUUAUUUUUCAUAUGUGAAUAGUUACUGUUCAAUACCUGUGAUUCUGUUAUAUCUUCUGAGACACUGGAGAAAAACACAUUGUGAAUCAGCCGCAAAAUAAAUUAUAUACGAUGACAGAAA